AUGGCUCCAAAAUUAUACGUUGUGCUAGCGGUUUUGGCGAUUUUCUUCGCUGAGAAUGUAAACUGCGAUUCUACAGACGGUUCUACACCAAGUCCUUCCACGCCUCCGACUAGCCCUUCACCUUCAACUAGUCCUCCUACGCCACCGACUAGUCCGUCUACAUCUCCAACUAGUCUUUGUACACCCUCGACUAGUCCUCCUACGCCACCAACUAGUCCUCCUACACCUCCGACUAGUCCGUCUACAUCUCCAACUAGUCCUUCUACACCUCCAACUAGUCCGUCCACACCUCCCACUAGUCCUACACCAACGACAAGUCCGACUCCUCCAACUGGUACACCACCUGCGAAUGGUACUCCACCCGCUAAUGGCUCUACUCCUACAAAUAAUCCUGCUCCUGCAAAUGGUGCACCAUCUGCUGCAUUGGUGAGUAUAACUAACUGCAAUAUCAUCGAAUUCGCCAAAAUUAACUUCCCUUUUGUAUGUACUUGAAUUAACAAAUCAUUUGCAGAUUUCCCCUGACCAAUACCCUAACGCCAGA